AUGAUUGCAUCCAUUUUCUAUCGUCCACGAGAUGUAGCGGUUCUUUUCCCGAAAAGUCUGUCAAAAUCGACUCGUGCGUCUUCAAGCAGCAGCCAGUUGUUCCCUCAUACGGUCAUCCAUGCUUCCGCUAAGAUUGGCAAGAGGUGUUACAUUGGGGAGUUUAGCACCGUGGGGGAAGGAGUUGUGAUAGGGGACGGCUCGAUGAUUAGUGCCAAUGUUACGUUACAGAACUGCUCAAUUGGCAGUAAAGUGGUUAUCCACCCAGGAGUCCGGAUCGGUCAAGAUGGUUUCGGGUUCAUGCUGAACGAUCAUGGCGUUCAUGAAAAGAAGCUCCAGGCCUUAAGUGUUGAAGUCCAUGACUGUGUCGAGAUCGGCGCGAACUGCACGAUUGACCGCGGCAGUUGGCGCAACACGGUGAUUGGCAAACACUGUAAACUCGACAACCUGAUUCAAAUUGGUCACAAUGUCCAGCUUGGAACCGGCUGCGUCAUUGCUGCGCAGACUGGGAUUGCCGGUAGUACGACAUUGGGCAAUAACGUGUACAUUGGCGGACAAGCAGGGGUAGCGCAGCAUCUUAACAUCGGGGAUAACGUUCGGAUUGCUGCAAAAAGUGGUGUCAUGAACCACCUCGAGCCGAACGCUACGUAUGGCGGAAGCCCGGCCGUUCCCAUCAUGGAGUAUCGUCGUCAAAUGAUUCAAUUGAAGCGUUUGGGCAAGCAGUCGACCAACUAG